AUGCUUGUUCCUUUCACACUGGUGGCCGUGACCCUACUUUGUGGCCUGUCCUCGGCGCAAUACGGCGGAGGCGGGUUCGGAUCUGGAGGCUUCAAAUCCGGAGGAGGCUAUGGCGGACAAGGAAGCGGCUAUGAAUAUGGUGGAGGCUAUGGUGAACAAGGCGGCGGCUACGAAUCCGGAGGAGGCUAUGGACAAGGUGGCGGCUAUGAAUCGGGAGGAGGUUACAAGAGCCCCAUGACGGGUUCUUAUGGUGGAGGAGGUUUCAAGCCCGUGCCAAAUCCGUAUGGUUGA